AUGGCCUUUCAGCUUUGUUCCAGGGAGCCAUGGGACCUCUUCGUGGAGGCUGGCGUGUCUGUGGGUCGCCAGCUCUUUGCGCUGGUGUUCAUCCUGGUGCAGGUGCUAGGGCCACGCUCUCAUGACAACCUGAUGAGCUGCGACCCGCUGAGGUGCGGGUGGUACUCGUCCAUCUUCUGCGAGUACACAAAGGCCUACGUCCGCUGCUUUCCGCUGCUGGCCAUGGCUGUGUCCCUGAUGGUGGCGACGCGGAUGGUGUUGAACCACCGCAUCUACUACCAGCUCCUGAAACACGACUUGCUCAUCAGCUUCGAGCCCCUCUUGCCCUCCCAGGAUUCGCUCUUCCGCUUGCUGCUCUGGUGUUUUGCGAAUGCUUUCCCGCACUUCAUCAUCAACAUCUGGUUGGCGCACCGUGAAGCUUUCCAUUUGGUGAAGUUGGGCGAUCUGGCUAGCAGUGCUCAGAAAUUGAUGGCUGCCAACGUGCUGCACGAAGCGCACCAGGUGGCCGUGUUUUACUUUGUGCCAGCGAUUGUCUUCUUGUUGUUCCUCUUCACCUCGUAUGACACGGAGGCCUUGCUGCUGCCUCUGAGCAAGUUCUUCGAGGAUGACUUCGAAGCUUCACGGACGGCCUUGAAGAGGGUCCGGUUCAUGCGCGAGAGUGACGUGGCCGCGCGUGUGCAGAAGGGUUUGCAGCUCAAGGGUGAUGGCGCCACGAUCGGGGACGCAUUCCAAGAGCUGGCUGAUACAACAGCGACGGACGCACCUGCCACGGUCGCCCGGACAAGCCGCUUGCAGCUGCGAGCUGCAGCUGACAAACAGCGCCUACAGGAAGAUGCAAGGCUGCGAGUGACGUGGACGAUGUGGCCCGCGCGGCUCCUCCUGGAUCCCCGGCUGUCGGACAAGGAGAGUGUCAUCUUCCGUUGCCUGUGGCACGUCUUCUUGGCCGUGAUCGGGCUGCUCAUGCUCGUCGUUUUCUACUGCCUCAGCUGCCAGAUAUGGAAGGAUGUCGGGGACGUCUGGAGCGGGCAGAUGCCAGACAUGGCUGGGGUUCUGGUCGAGUUUGUGCACUUCGGAAUUGCCGCAUACUUGUGCAUUAUGCUUUUCCGCCAAUCGGCGAGCGAAGCUUCGCGAUGA